AUGGCGUCGACAGCAAGGACAGUGGAUAUCAACGAGGAUGUCACGAAGGCCCUCAGAAAAUUUCGGUUUCAGCGUAGGAGCCAGGGACACGCAGCAAUCAUCAUCAAGAUCAAUAAGGCUGCUCUCAAGAUGGUCGUAGACGAGGAGUAUGACGAUAUUUCGAUCGCAGACCUUGUCGAGGAGCUACCCCAAAAUUCUCCCAGAUAUGUCGUGUUGUCAUAUGAACUCAAACACCGCGAUGGAAGGACAUCAUUCCCACUCGUGUUUAUCAACUGGGCUCCAUCAUCAUCCGAGACAACCAUGAUGACCUUGCAUGCAAGCGCCCUCCUUGACUUUCAAAGAGUCGCAGAAGCAAACAAGACUAUCGAAGUUCGAGAUGCGGAGGAAGGGCUCACUAAGGAAAUCGUUGACGAGAAACUUCUAACUUAA